CGCUGAACUGAAAGGACGUUCGGAGUGUAGUUUUGUUAUCCCGUGACGUACAUUUAUGACAGACUAGUAUAGUGUCGCGUGUUUCAUUAGCUGAUCAUAUAUGAGGACAACGGUAACAGUUUUGUUAACGUUUCUUUGUUAUGGCCAGAAGCUUUUCAGCCUAACACCGACGAAUUUGAUGAAUUGUUGAGACGACCGACCGGAAGAGGCGAAAGGUAUCUCGUCCAGCAGAAAUAAACACAGGAAUGACCAGCGUCAGGCAAGUACUCCGAUGCGCGAGAAGAAGGCUCGGCCAGCUGACGUCGGAGAGUGGGACGAAACAUUUGAACCGGUCCGUGAGAUGCGCGUCUACUCAGGCCCAGCACGAGAUGGUCGACAACGGAAAUGGGAAAAAGAUUUUCACGUCGCCGUACGGCGAGUACACGCCCAGCGAGAUGUUCGUACACGAGUACGUCUGGAAGAACGUGGAAAAUCACGGGAACCUUACGGCCCUGGUAUGCUCGGUGACCGGAAGGAAGUACACGUACAGCCAGGCAAGGGACGCCGCUAAUUAUAUCGGCAGAAGUUUGCUGAACAUUGGCCUGAGAAAGGGAGACACUGUUGCCUUAAUAGCGCCGAAUUAUCCUGAAUCGGUUCUAGCGUUUCUCGGUAUCUUGGAGGCCGAAUUAAUCGUUACCACUGUCAAUCCAUUUUACACACCUUAUGAAAUUUCGAGGCAACUGAAAAGUUCCGGGGCAGCGGCGAUCAUUGCGGUGACAGAAAUCGCGGGUAAUGCACUCGAAGCUGCGAAGGGCAAUCUACCGCCAGGAGCAUCCGUCAUUGUCAUCGAUGAUGGCACUGGUUCUAGUCCCGAGGGCACUAUACCGUUCAUGGAUCUUAUUACACGUGGCAAGUCACUGCCACCCAUAAAACACGGUGCGGUGUCUGUCAACGACGUGGCGGUAUUGCCUUAUUCCAGCGGAACGACAGGCAUGCCAAAAGGUGUAAUGCUAACGCAUAAAAACUUGGUCUCCAAUAUGGAGAUGACCGAGAUGACGGUCGACGAAAGAAUGUGGAAAACCAGUUCAGCGACCUUCCAGGAAGUGAUGCCGUUAAUUCUACCAUUCUUCCAUAUUUUUGGUAUGAACGGCCUCACGCUGCCGCGUCUUGCCCGUGGCACGCAAAUAAUCACCGUACCGAAAUUCGUUCCGGAACAGUUCAUUCAACUUUUAGCGAACCACAAGAUGACUGGUAUGUACUUAGUCCCACCAUUACUCUUAUUCUUCAACGCCUCUCCGUUCGUGAAGAAGGAACAUUUGGAGAACAUGCAUCACGCUGUCAUUGGCGCGGCGCCGAUGGCGAAGGACGACUUCAGGAGGUUCUACGAUAAGUUUCAGUUGAACCAGGACAACAUGAAAUUCUGUCAAGGAUAUGGUUUGACGGAGACGUCGCCGGUCUGUUGCUUCGAGGUGUCCGGAACGAAGCCGGGAAGCAUCGGAAAAACUAUACCCGGAUGCGAGGUGCGGGUGGUCGAUCCGACUACCAAUAAAGAUGUCGCCAGACCAGGCGAGACUGGUGAAAUAUGGAUCAAGGGGCCUCACGUUAUGAAAGGAUACUAUAACAACGAGGCCGCCACGCAGAGUAUGAUCGUCGAAGAUGGCUGGCUGAAAACGGGAGACAUCGGUCACUACGACGAAGAGUACGAUUUCUAUAUCACGGACAGACUGAAGGAAUUAAUCAAAGUUAAAGGGUUCCAGGUUGCACCAGCAGAACUGGAGGCGUUGUUAAGAAGUCACCCGGGCGUAGUUGAAGCGGGUGUGGUCGGCGUUCCAGACGCAAGAUGUGGUGAAGUACCAAAAGCUUUCAUUGUACCGAAGAAAGGCUCAAAUCCAACCGUUGAAAGCAUCCAGAACUUCGUGAAAGGAAAAGUGUCGGAUUAUAAAGAGCUCAAAGGUACACUUGGAUUCUGUGUCGGAUAAAGGCCCCCCUUUAGCUGCAACCAAACACCGGCACAAAGAGACCCCCAUUCCAGCCACGAGUUUUAGUCGAGUCAGAUCCCCGAUACGGCGUUCCAGAGGAAUUUCUUUUAAGUGUUCUCCAAUACCAGGAUUGAAUUCAUCGCGCUGGGGGCUGGCUCAAAGGAGCAAUAGCAAUGAUGGAUCUUCGAGAACAAGUGUCCUCGUUUGUGGCGGGAACCACGGCUCCUUUCUUUCAGUAAUCCGCGGAGCAAUGUCGGAGACGAAACACACACACAAAAAAAAAAGAAAAAAAAAAGGAAGUAGAAGGUAACGACGCUCGUGAGAUGCAGCUGGGAUUCGCAUAUGGAACGCGACGACGGAAAAACGUCUCUGCUGAUGUUUUAUUUGCGAGAGGAAGCAUGGGCAGAUGUUAGCCGCGUCGGGACGUGACACACGCGUCUUUUUAAUAAUUACUAAAGCGUCCUGUGACUUACGUUGUUACUAAACAUUCGUUCCAAUAUAUUUUCCCGCUUUCGUACCUGAUAAAAGUGGCUUGGCGAACUGCUGAAGAACAAUCGGGAACAUUCCUGAGAGACUAGUAUAUUCCGUCAAAAGAUGACAGUGAUCGACAGUGAUGACCGGAAGUUGUUUCCUCCAGCUGAUGACUGAGUUAUCAAAGCAACUCGGGCUUCUUCGACCGCAAAAAACCAACAAUUACUGGCUGUAAAAUACGGCCCUGGCAACAAAAAACCGAAGAAAAUAGAAAAGUGCCGCGACAUAUGAGUCAGUCCCGAGCCCUUGGAAGAUUGUCGAAAAAUGUGCAAGGGGCCCUGGCCACCGGAACGAAGCCUGUGAAAAGGGACGAUGGGGAGCGGGAGGUGGACGAAAGGGU